AUGUGUCUUGCUGACGCUAGCAACGGCCUUCGCGGGACAGAUUUUGUGAAUGCGUAUCCUGCUGGUAUACAUGCAGGUGCUUCAUGGAAUAGGAGCCUUGUCUACCACCGGGGCCUUUACAUGGGUGAAGAAUUUAAGGCUAAGGGAGUGAGUGUUAUUAACGGCCCAGUUAUUGGUCCAUUAGGCAGAACUGCUCGCGGUGGACGCAACUGGGAAGGGUUUAGUGCUGACCCAUACCUGGCUGGAGUGCUUGUAGCCGAGACUAUUCAAGGCUUACAAAAGUCUGUGAUAGCGUCCGUGAAGCACUUCAUAGCCUAUGAGCAGGAAACUGCCAGAGGGCCGGAGGGAAACAAUGCCUCUUACUCGUCCAACCUUGAUGACAAAACCAUGCAUGAGCUGUACCUCUGGCCAUUCGCGAACGCGGUCCAUGCGGGAGUUGGCUCAGUCAUGUGCUCGUACAACCGAGUGAACAAUUCAUACGCGUGCCAGAAUAGCAAGAUUCUCAAUGGCCUUCUCAAAACUGAGCUCGGUUUUCAAGGCUUUGUCGUCAGUGAUUGGAAUGCCCAGCUCACGGGUAUCAGUAGUGCGAACGCCGGGUUAGACAUGGCGAUGCCGGAUUCACCCUACUGGCAGGGUAACCUGUCUCUUGCCGUGGCCAACGGCACAAUGUCGCAGGAGAGACUAGACGAUAUGGCCACGCGGAUACUUGCAGCUUACUACAAGCUCGCGCCUCACAAUCAUCCCGGGUCUAGCAUGCCGCCUGUAAUCAUCAAUUCGCCAGUCCCAACUGUCGAUGCCCGAAAUCCAGAAUCGAGACCGACAAUAUUCCAAGGGGCAGUUGAAGGUCAAGUUUUGGUGAAGAACAUCAAUCACGCCUUGCCGCUGUUGAAACCGAGAUCUAUUUCCGUCUUCGGCUACGACGCAGGGCUGCCACCCAAAACAAAUCCCGCUUUCAGCCUCAAAUGGUAUCUCGGUUACGAAGCGCUCGACCUCGCGGACAGUGUAGAGCUAACAAACCUCUCUCAUCUCGCCACCUUUCCCGAAGCUGCAACUUUGGGUACCCUAAUAGGCGGAGGAGGCUCCGGGGCGUCGGUACCAUCGUAUAUCAGUACUCCCUUUGCGGCUCUUGUGGAGCAAGCUACAGUGGACGGUACCUAUAUCUCAUGGGAUCUAGAGCCAUUCUCCCCUACUGUGCCUGUUUCUUCAGAUGCGUGCUUGGUUUUCGUUAACGAAUUCGCGACUGAAUCACGAGAUCGGCCUGGAUUAGCAGAUCCGCAAUCUGACAGGUUGAUCAUGUCUGUUGCAAGUCAGUGUCCAAACACAAUCGUUGUGAUACACAACGCCGGCGUACGGAUUGUCGAUGCUUGGAUUGAGAAUCCCAAUAUUACUGCGCUCAUCUUCAGUCAUCUUCCAGGGCAGGACAGCGGCAAAGCCGUGACGGAGUUUUUAUACGGGAGACAAUCGCCGUCCGGCAGGCUGCCGUACACCGUUGCCAGGAAGCCUUCUGAUUAUGGCCCGCUCCUGGACCCCACUGGGCCGGAAUCAGUAUCUGACUAUUACAUACAAGUAAACUACACAGAAGGAGUCAAUAUCGACUACAGACACUUUCUUGCGCAUAACAUAACACCACGUUUUGAAUUUGGCUACGGCCUCACAUACACGACUUUCAGAUACUCGGCUCUCCAACUAUCACGUGCAGAGGAACAUUGUUUCUCAACGCGACCCCCAGGUACUGAAAUUGCCGAGGGUGGACUCCCUUCUCUCUGGGCAAACAUUGCAACUGUCAAAGUGCAGGUCAUGAAUACUGGCUGGGGUGAUGGCUUCCUAGCCACGUUGGCCGACGGGUCAAUUGGCACCAACUUCGCCCAUAGCGGUGCUACAACGGCCUCCUUUGUGGCCGGUGGAUACUGGACCAAGGUUCUCGACGCUGUCAAGAAAAAUAAGUCGAAUUACCAUCCCUAUGUCACAAUCCAGUUCGGGCACAAUGACCAGAAGUCAACAUCCGGAGUCUCCAUCUCCCAAUUUAUGGCAAAUCUGGAGAAAAUGGUAGCCGAUGUCCGGUCAGCAGGUGGAACACCAAUCCUGGUGACUUCUCUGAGCCGUCGAAGCUUCGACAGUUCAGGCCAUGUGGUUCCCUCGCUGGCGAACGUCGUUGCUGCCACCAAGGCUGCCGCAAAGGCCACAAACUGCGAAUAUGUGGAUCUGAAUGGAGCGUCAACCAAGUACCUGAACAGUGUGGGCGCAAAAAAUGCAGCAAAGUAUAAUCUUACACCCAAGGAUUAUACACACCUGGACAAAGCUGGAAUGAUUGUCUUUGGUAAUAUGAUGGGUUUGCUCUUGCGGACGUCUAUAACCGACAGCUCUCAGAUAGCAUCUUACAUUCACCCCCGGAGUGACGUGGUAGCAGCUAUUAACACUGGCAAGUUUAUAUAUCCUUCCUAA